AUGAUGCCCCAGAAGAAGAAGAAGAGGAAAAAAGACAUCGAUUUCCUGGGCCUGUACGAGGAGGAGCUGCGGAACUACGCCUCGGAGGACGACGAGGAGGAGCUGGGGCACGAGUACUACAAGGCCAGGGUGUAUGAGGUGGUCACAGCUACGGGGGACGUUCGUGGUGCAGGGACGGAUGCCAAUGUCUUCAUCACAAUUUUUGGAGAGAAUGGGCUCUCUCCCAAGCUCCAUCUCACCAGCAAAGCACACGUUCAUUGCAGGAGCGAGUCUGCCUUUGAGAAAGCCAAUGUCGAUGUGUUCCGGGUGAGAACCAACAACGUGGGCCUCGUCUAUAAAAUCAGGAUCGAGCAUGACAACACAGGCUUGAACGCCAGCUGGUACCUGGACCGUGUGAUUGUGACCGACAUGAAGAGACCUCAUCUCCGUUACUACUUCAACUGCAACAAUUGGCUGAGCAAGGUGGAAGGUGACCGUCAGUGGUGCCGUGACCUUCUGGCCAGCUUCGACCCCAUGGACAUGCCCAGAGGUAACAAAUAUGAAAUCAAGGUGUACACUGGCGAUGUAAUUGGUGCAGGGACGGAUGCUGAUGUCUUCAUCAAUAUCUUUGGAGAGUAUGGAGACACAGGAGAGCGUAGGCUGGAAAAUGAAAAGGACAACUUUGAAAAGGGAGCUGAAGACAAGUUCAUGUUGGAUGCCCCAGAUUUGGGGCAGCUGAUGAAGAUCAAUGUGGGCCACAACAACAAGGGGGGGUCUGCAGGUUGGUUCCUGUCCAAGUCUACACACAGGGACUCCAAGAUGGACUUCACACGGUCGCUCAGAUGUUCUUAG